GCGAUCGGUCGUGGGUGCUCAGUCGGUGGUUGUUCGGGACGAACGGGCGCGUCCACGAAGUGCGGGAUAACGAUGGAGGCUGCGUUAAUUGCGACGACCGAGUGAUACGCACCGUGUGUAUACACGGGGAUCGUGUCCUGGAUUCGUGGCCCGCCGUAUCCCCUUUCGCGCGCGCCUCCGCCCCGCCGUCCCCUUCUCCCCUGUGCUUGUGUCCGUGCUUCUGUGUGCGUGCGUGUCCCUCUGUAACACGGUGGUCGGUUUAGUAUCUCGCGACGAAAGGGAUAAAAAGGAAGGAGGGAAAAGGGAGAGGAAAAAAGGAAAACAAAAAAAAAGUGCGAGAGGACAAACAGAAAAGCAGAACGAACGAGAAAAUGUCGUCCACAUAGUCUAACCGAAGCGAACGGAGACAGAAAAAGAGAGAGAGAGAGAGAGAGGCAGGUCGAACACGGUGCAGUGGUUACCCUGAGUCGUUGAAGGAAAAAGACAGGAAGACGAUGCGAAGGGAUCUAAGCUCGUAACAGAGAGAACGCCUGGCCCGACGGCGUUAAACCGGGAAGAGUAUAAUCGUGGUGGGAAGCGAUGUACGCAGCUGCGGGUGGCGCCAGUAUAGCGAACAGGAGGAAGCAGAAACGAUUGCAGCAAAACAAACGUGUCGCCGAGGGUACGAUUCCGUCACAGCUGAAGACGAUUCCAGCUUCUCAGCACCACUUCCACCACCAACACCAACACCACCACCACCACCCCAGCAAGUUUGCUCGUCCGCACGUUGUUCCACCAUCUUCCACACCACAGCCACAGCCACCGUCAUCUACAUUCCAUCCGAGCAUCGAACGACGGCGUCAUGUCGAGAAGUGUCAGCAGGUUGCACCUGUUUCUCCGAUCCAAUUCCCUAUAUCGCCACCACCGUUAUCCCUCGAAUCACCUAGUUCAGUUACUUGUGCCACUAAGUCCAAUAAUUUUCCUUUCCCGCCACCAUCAAUCCUCGAUCUCCGAGUUUCGCCAUCUUCUUCGGAGCUACAGUGUGGCGGGGGACCCGGUAAAGCAGCAUGGCAAGGAUGCAGCAGACCUUCUCCCCUUCCUUUAUCUCCUAUGUCUCCUCACGGAUGCCGUGGGGAUGGCUACAAGACAAAGCAAUGCGAGGCUCAUCGACGAUGGAUGAAAAGGAACAGGAUAAGAGACGCGAGCUAUUGCUACGGAAGCAGCGAAGAUGACGAAGAAGAUGGAAGCAGUAAUGCAAACCGUCGUAGAGGAGAAGUUAGUGCGGCAGUGAAUACCGUACUUUAUGCGGGGCUGGGAACUACAGCGCUCGGAUUAGUUAUCUCGUUUGUCGGCACUGGAGAGAAAGGAUUCCUCAGUCCGGAAUUGAGGCUGGUGGGUCCUUCGCUACUGUGCGCCGGUUUACUGUGUUGCCUAUUUCGGGUGCUGCUCUGCCUCUGUCUAUGUCGUUGCGGUCAAUGCCGCUGGCGGUUUUGCCAUGUUGCUUCUGACAAGAAAGAAAAAGUGAGGAAAGCGGAAGCGCGUCCAGCUGGAACAUUGCCUACCGCCUCACUUUUAUCACCAGCGCAACAACAACAGCAACAACAGCAUUCGGCCAUGUCUUCGAGUGGCGCUGCAUCAUCAUCAACAAAAGCACAUGAGCUCUUGCUCUCUCCUGCCCAAUUACCAGAGUGAAAACACCAUUACGAACGUUUUCUACGAAAAUCUACACGCCGAUUAACUGCCGGUUCUUGUCCAAUAUAGAAUAUCUUAUCUCUCCAUUCGACCUGAACCGUUUUCGCAAAACAAAAAAACAACAAACAACCAUCACAGCCUAAUUCUAGUUUAAAUGCGAAUUCUAGCGCUUAACAAAUAAUAGUUAAAUAAACAAUCGGCUAUGUUUUUCUACCC